CUGUAGCAGGAAAUAAAGCCAGAUGGUGUAUUUUCACACAUUUCAAUAAUUCUGGCACGGAAAGGACGUAACGGUGUAUUUAAGGAAAGCACAAACAUGCUGUAUUGUAAAAUUUUGUUUCUUUUCUUUCUCUUCCUUCGUGUAAAUUCGGAAGAACCACACUGUUCAAAGUAUGAUUUUGAAGAGAAAGUGUUGGAGAAGAUGGUUCGCAUAGAAUUUCAGAUGGAGAGGAUGAAAUCGGAGAUAGAACAAUCUGUCAAGGUUGUUGAAAAUAAGAAGACAGAGGUUGAUGCUACACUGAAGAAUGUUGACCAGCAGUUGGAAGACUAUAGUAACAAUAUUGAGAAGUUGGAAGCUCUUGGAACGAAAAUAUCGGAUACACUAACUGCAAAGCAGCAUGAGCUUGAGAAGGACAUUGAUGAAAAAAUUGCAAAGCUUGAAAACAAAACAUUAGAGACGCUCCAAGCAAAGAUUCAAGAACUGCAAGCUCUCAAAGAUGAAGCUGUAACUCCAACAGUAGCUUUCAAGGCAAGGUUGAACACUAAUAGUGCUGCUCCUGCAGGACACACUUUCGUGUUUUCUACAGUACUCUUCAAUGAAGGAGAUGCAUACAGCUCCAGGACUGGCAAAUUUACAGCAACCACCAGUGGAACAUACUUGUUCACUGUGGUGUUUUGUGUGUUUAGCAGCAAAGGUUUGACCAUCGGUAUUAUGGUGGAUGGCAACAAGUAUACUGUUGCAUCAUUCUACGGAGAUGGAAACCAUGGGUGCUCAACUGCUGACACAGUGGCGGUUUUGACAGCUGGGCAGAUAAUAUGGGUACAGGCAUCAUCUGGUAGUAGCUCUGGUGUAGUUAUUGCUCAGGAUGGUAUCAGAUGGAACACAUUUUCUGGAACAUUAAUUCAUAAAUAAACAUCAUAUUGUGAAUAAGCUCAUCUUCAAUUGUUUUGGAGCAUCCAUUGAAUGUGUAAUAAAAACACUAUUUCAGAAAACUUUAAAAAUGUAUCAAAAACGUAAGGACUCAGACUUUCUUUAAUCAUUUUGUGAACGCUUGCAACACUGGUGGAAUUGGGAAAAUGUCCUCAGAACUUGUCUAAAUUGAAAAAAAAAGAAAUGUAACAUGAUAUAUAUAUAUGGGGCGUUCCAUGAGAAAACCUGUAUUAGUGAAAAAAAAUUACAAAAUUGCGAUAACAAAAUAUUCAUGAAGAUCAUUCUUUUAUCUUUCAAAUCUAAAAUUUUGAAGUGAUUAUCUUCACUAUCUUAAGAGCUACAAUGUUUUUAAGUUAGUCACCAAGGGCAUUUUGAGACAUGACGUUAAGAACGUCGUGAAAGCAGUAUGACGUCGUUGUGCAUUGCGUGUAUUUUUUAAGUAAUUAAUGGAACAAAUUAUGCGUAACACUUACUUAACAUCAUACAUUUGAAUAUUUAGGAACAGUUUAAAGCGAUUUUACUGAAAAUAACUUAACCGUAUCUUUUGGUUUCAUCACAGGCCUUUUAGUAUACACCUCUGUAUUUUCAUGGCGCAUGGGUGCUUUGGAAUUUCCGUUGCCAUGACAACAGAAACAACAUUUAUAUGAAAAAUAUGGAAGAAUUUGAUUUGUCUUAGGUGACAGAAUAAAAUAACAAUAUUUUAGUUUCUAGUUUCUGGAGCAAAAUGAUAAAAAGAGUGAUUUUCCAGUAUUUCAAGCUACUAAUUAUGCAAUAAUUAUAUCAUGUCACUAAUACAGGUUUUCUCAUGGAACGGCCUAUAUAUAUAUAUAUAUAUAUAUAUAUAUAUAUAUAUAUAUAUAUAUAUCAUGAUAUCAUUUUAGGAUUAUAUGGAUGGUAUUCAAAUAGUUCAAUAGUAUUGCUAUAUAUGUUGUUUACUCCAUACACAUAUCACAGUAGCAAAACUAUAAUAAAACAGCAGAACCCUAUAUUUUAACAAUCAUUUGGGAAUUUUCAGUUCAGAAUUGGGAAAAACAAACUUCUUGACUUUGGGACUGCCUCAUUUUACCGGAGGUAGCUUUAUAGGUAAAAAAAGCCCUGUAUAUGGAGGACAUUUGUUUGUUUCAGUGCAGUGCAAGACUGAAAUAUCUUUUGAAUGAACACUACAUGGGUAAAUGGCGUAGCAAUGGCAAAGUAAAAAUUUAAAAUCUGGCUUUCACAAGAGAAAAAUAUAUUUGUUCUUUACAGACACUUUUUAUUUUUUUCAAUGAUUUAAAUUUUAUACAAUAUCAUGGUGUUACAAUGUUAAUAUUGAACAAGAUUAAGUACUUCUUUCAGAUAUUUAUAGGUUUAUGUCACCUUGUAUACUAUUCUGUGAUGACAGACAAUUCCUUUCAAUUGUAGAGCUAAACCGUUCUUAUAUACAUGUAUAUAGCAUAUAACUUUGAAUUGCACUAGCCCAUAUAUAUAAAAUAUUCACAGUUA